AUGACCGGCCACAUCGUUGAGCGCGACGUCUCAAAGUCGCCCUCAACACCCGAAAAGGGCGAUCUCGACUCCACCCCAUCCCCCUACGAAGUCACCUCGACCACCUACGCCGGUGAAAAUGCCAAAGCAGCUGCCCUCGCCUCCUCGGCGUCCGACAUCACCCCGUCCGAGCUUCGUCAGGUGCUGCGCAAGAUCGACAUCAUCCUCAUGCCCCUCAUGUGCGUCGCCGUGCUGCUUCAGUUUCUCGACAAGACUUCGCUCAACUACGCCUCGCUCCUCGGCCUCAAAAAGGACGCGCAUCUCAAGGGACAGGAGUAUUCUUGGUUGGGAAGCUUCUUCUACGUAGGCUACCUGGUUGCGACGCCGGUCCACGGUUUCUUUCUGCAAAAAGUUCAACUGUCUCGUUACGUUGCCGCGUGCAUCGUGCUCUGGGCCGUCUCGCUAGGUGCCCACGCAGCGUGUAGUAACUACGCCCAGCUGGUCGGUGUUCGCUUCCUUUUGGGUUGGUUCGAAGCAGCUCUCACACCAGCAUUCAUCCUCCUCACCGGACGAUUCUACACCAAACAGGAGCAAGUCACCCGUACCUCGAUCUGGUUCGCCAACAACGGCUGGGCUCAGAUCUUGGGCGGUGGCAUCUCGUACGCUCUGCAAGUUCAAAAGCCUUCCAACUUGAAGGUCUGGCAGCAGAUGUACCUCAUCCUCGGCGGCAUCGCUCUGUUCUUCGGCAUCGUCGUGUUGCUCUUCAUGCCGGAUUCCCCCGCAACCAUCCGCUACCUCAACGAGAGGGAGAGACAGGUCGCAGUGCACAGGAUCAAGCAGAACAAGUCCGGUAUCCACGAUACCACGUGGAAGUGGGAGCAGAUGUGGGAGGCUAUCCGCGACGUCAGGCUCUACAUGUUCUUCUUGGCAGUCUGCAGUGCAAACAUUGCCAAUGGUGGCGUCUCGAACUUUUCGAGUGCCAUUAUUUCGGCUUUCCACUACAACACCAAGACGACAGCGCUGCUUGGUAUGGCACCGGGCGCGAUGGAGGUCGUCGCGGUCUACUUCGGUGCUUGGAUGUCGUACAAGACUCGAACUCGAGUCAUCCCCGGUGUCUUCAUGUACCUCAUCGCCAUCGUCGGAGGUUGCAUGAUGAUCGCCAUCCCCCCGGCUGCCAAAGCCGCUCGCUUUACUGGCUUUGUACUCGUUUAUGCUUACCCUGUCGCAUCACCUUUUCUGUACUCAUGGUUGUCCGGAAGCGUCUCGGGAACGACCAAAAGGAUCGUCUUCAACGCCCUCCUCCAAGUAGGAUACUCAGUCGGCAACCUCAUCGGACCGCAAACCUACCGAGCUGCCGACGCCCCCGACUACGUUCCCGCAAAGAUCACCCUCAUCGCCAUGUUCGGCUUCGCUUCCGCCUGCCUCAUCGCCAUCGGCACGACGCACUACCUGUGGAACAAGAAGAACGGGACUCUCGGCAAUGCGGCGGAGGAAGAUGCCCAGGUCGAAGAUUGCGAAGAUCUGACGGAUCUGACGGACAAGCAGCGAUCGAGCUUUAGAUACCCUUACUAG